AGUACAGUUUUACUGAAAUUCCACACUGCGACUAUGUCAUAUCUGUUCCUCAACAGGUAAAUACUACCGAGGGUGAUAAAUCUAUCGUCGACGGAUACGACAAUGAUGAAACAUUGACUAUUGCUGAUUUGAGUGUCAAUUCUGAGACUUCAGAUAUCACUAAUGUGUAUUUCCUCUAUAAAGUUUUGCCAAGCAUGUCUGCUUCCCCCAGCCCCAGCACGUCUAGCAUUGUUCCUGCGGUUAUUUCUGGAACCGUGACUGGAGUGGAGAAUGGAGAAGGGAUCGCAGGUGUUCCUGUGACCGCAACUUGCUCUACUGACGAAUCCACUGUGUAUACGACCACCACCAUUGCGGAUGGAUCAUACUCCUUCAACGAAGCAGUGGAUGACUGUAGCUACACCAUCACUGUCCCAGAGACGUAUAACGGCGAGGUUGUUGAAGGCCCAAAUACACAAGUGGUAGUCAUCACCCCCACAGAUCGCACUGGGGUGGCUACGUUUGAGUUCAUUCCUCUGGGCACGAUUUCAGGACGCACUCUGAACGAUUUCGAUGGUGCACCUCUCGCUGGAGAGUUCGUGCUGUUGUCGUGUGGUAAUAUCACCAGCGAAGCCAUUACCAACGCGACUGGUCACUAUGUCUUCGAGGACCUUGUAGACUGCGAAUAUAUCAUCACUGCCCCAUUUGCCAUUGACUCAGAUGAUUUCACAGGAGUCAUUGUUGAGGGACCAGUAGAUGCGGACUCAACAGAGGAAGAUACCACUGUUACGAUUGAUAGGGAAAAUUUGUCGAAAGAGAACGUUGACUUUAAAUAUUUGCCCCAAGGUUCGAUCUCGGGUAGUCUUCGAGAUGAGGUUACAAAGGUUGGUAUUGCUACGGAAACAGUCACUCUAACUUGCGAUGAACAUAGUCCGGUGAAAGUCAUCACGACUACAACAGACGUUGACGGUAACUACGAAUUCACUGGACUCGGCUACUGUAACUACAAGGUCGAGGCUCCCGCUACAGUGGCAAGUGUCGGUGACGUCUUCUCAGGACCUGACGACACCGACGAGAUUGAGUCGUCCACAUUCGUUGAGAUAUCUGUCCUCGACCAGUCCGAGGGCGAGGUUGAUUUCACGUACUCCCAGGUGGGCAGUGUCUCAGGAACUAUUUAUGAAGACUUGGAGGCUGUCGAGAAUGGAGUGGAUUCAGUAGUGGUGACACUAACAUGCACAGAGAACGCUGAUGUAUUUUAUGAGGAGACCACCGAUGCAAGCGGAGUAUUCAACUUCAACAGUGUCCCUCUGUGCAAGUAUACAAUUGUUGUGCCUGAGGAGGUCAACACCACUGUCGGCCUGAAGCCCAUCUCCGAAGGCUACGAUGUGGACGACACCAAGACUGUGGCGGAUGUUAAUGUCGACUCCGAAACCACGGAUGUUACCGGUGUAGACUAUAUUUACAAGGUCCCGACCCCAGCUGUUAUUUCAGGAGUCGUCACAGGCUUAGAGGACGGGGAGGGUAUUGAAGGUGUCACUGUGACUGUAACAUGCUCAUCGGACACUGAGAUCAAGUACGAAGCUAUCACGGAUGCAAAUGGAACUUACACAAUCGCCGACAAUGUCGUGGACUGCUUAUACACUGUAGAGGUGCCCGAGACGUUCAAUGGAGAGCCCAUCGAGGGCCCUAGCAGUGACGAGGUAAACAUCACCCCUAAUGAUCGAACAGGACAGGUGGAUUUCACUUAUCUUCCUCUCGGAGCAAUUUCAGGACACACACUCAACGAUUUCGAUCAAUCACUUCUCGCUGGGGUUUCAGUGAUGUUAGCAUGCAAUGACGAUGUGGUAAAGACUACGACCGAUAGCACGGGUUUCUAUAUAUUCGAGGAACUAGUAGACUGUAACUAUACAGUGACGGUCCCUCUGUCGGUCCAAACUACCGACUUCGAUGGCAUUAUCGUAGUAGGACCCAUUGAUUCGGACAAACUGGUCGAGAAGCACAGCAUCAUCAUCGAUAUUGAACACCUAACAGAGGAGAAUGUUGACUUCAAAUAUCUUCCUCAAGGCACAAUUGCCGGUACCCUUCAGGAUCAUGCUAGCACCGCUGGUAUUGCAGAUCAGACUGUAACUUUGACAUGCGCUGAUCCUGAGACGACGAUGACAACGCAGUCCGACGCUAAUGGUAACUACAUGUUCUCUGGACUUGGAUACUGUGACUACACUGUCGCAGCCCCUGCCUCUGUCGAUACUUUUGGCAAUAUUUACGAGGGACCUUAUGACGAUGAGGAUGUUCUAUGGUCUACCAGUGUUGCAAUCACAUUCGAAGACCCAUCGGAGGGUGAAGUAAACUUCAGCUAUGCUUCGGUGGGAAGCAUCUCGGGUACAAUCUACGAAGACUCGAUUGAUUUAAGCAAUGGAGUGAGUGCGGUACCGGUGACAUUAGUUUGUACCGAUUCCAAUAACUUCACAAUGACAACAGCAACGGAGGCGAAUGGAGCCUACGCUUUCAAUGAUAUACCCCUAUGCGUGUACACUAUCUCCGUACCCGAAGAGGUCAGCACGACCGGUGGUUCGAAGCCAAUCGCUGAAGGUUAUGACGAUGAUGAUACAAAGGCAGAGGCGGAGAUUACUAUCGAUCUUACCAAGACUGAUGUCACAGAUGUUGAUUUCUUAUACAAGGUGCCAGCUGUCAUUUCUGGAUUAGUGACAGGUUUCGAAGAUGGAGAGGGUAUCGAGAACGUAACAGUGACUUUGACUUGCUUAGAGGACAUGACUAUCGUAUACGAAGCCAUCACAAAUGAAACGGGAGCAUACACUAUCGACGAGAAUAUCGAGGAUUGUACCUACACCAUUGCCGUGCCAGAGUCAUACAAUGGAGAGCCGAUCCAGGGACCCGCCAACAAGACAGUAGCCAUUACACCAACUGGUCGUACAGGAACCGCGGAUUUCGAGUAUGUUCCUCUAGGCUCCAUCUUUGGAUUCACACGCAAUGAUUUCGACCAGUCACCUUUGGCGGAUGUCAUUGUGACAUUGAGCUGCGAUGGCGUUGAAGUGAACAGUACCACUACCGAUAAAUUAGGUCACUACGUAUUCGAGGACCUUGAAGACUGUGCAUACACAGUCACUGCACCAUUAUCUGUCAGCCAAAGCGACUUCGCAGGCAUCAUCACCGAUGGACCGGUUGAUGAGGAUGGUAGUGUGAGGGAGCACAAAGUUAAGAUCGACAUUGGAAACAUGCACGAGGAGAAUGUUGAUUUCGCUUACCUUCCCCAAGGAAGCAUAUCAG